AAGCGUGUCUCGGGAGAAAGAUCUGUGUUCUGCAGCUCCACACUGAGGCUCAGGCUGCCUGCAGCACUUCUACACUUAACAAACACUCCGACUCGGCUGACAGCUCAGUUCCACCUGCUCUACCGAUCAGCUGAGACACCAGCUCUGAUUUUUGUUUUUUUUCCACAGGAGAAAAAAAAAAUGAAACUUGAAGUUUUCUCCGCGCACCACUUUGCGCAAAAGCCACUGGAGCUGUGCAUGGAGCCAGAAGGGGGGCUUCCCUCUCCUUUGUCCGGGGAUGAGCUCGGCUCAGACGGAGACUGCAUGGCGAACAGCCCGGCACCUGUCACUCAAGGCAGCGAGGGCGGCAAAGGGAAGCCCUACACCCGCAGACCGAAGCCCCCUUACUCCUACAUCGCCCUCAUCGCCAUGGCCAUCCGGGAGUCCAGCAGCGGCCGCCUGACCCUGGCGGAGAUCAACGACUAUCUGAUGAAGAAGUUCCCGUUUUUCCGAGGCAGCUACACGGGCUGGAGGAACUCUGUGCGCCACAACCUGUCACUCAACGACUGCUUCCUCAAAGUGCUCCGGGACCCGUCCAGGCCUUGGGGGAAGGACAACUACUGGAUGCUGAACCCACACAGUGAAUACACCUUUGCUGAUGGGGUCUUCCGGCGCAGGAGGAAGCGCAUCGCCAAGAGGGGCCCUAAAGAGCAAGAGAGCCCAGAGGUGCUUAGUGAGGACACCCGACUCCCCGCCCCUGAGGAGAGAGUGGGGCCCAGGUUCUCCAGCUCCUUCGCCAUCGACAGCAUCCUCAGCAAGCCUUUCAAAAGAAGAGAGGAGUACCACCCUGACGCACAGAACCCAACCCUACGGAUGUACUGGGCCCCCGGGCCCCACACUCUGCCGUACGCAAUGAAUCCGAUCCAGCAUACAUAUGUGUCUGAGGCAGCGUACAGCUGCUCAGAGCCAAGAAGGGAUCCGUACCUGCAGGCAACGGCAGCUGGCAGUGUCGCACCUGAAGGCGCCUUCAAGGUGCCCAGCAGAGCCCGAUGCUUUCACAUAGACUCUCUGCUUUCAUAGAAAAAAACAAAACAGACUGCACCUUGAUGGGGGUUCUCAGCUUCCAGCGCUCCUUUUAUUUAUCUGUGCGGGACUCAUAGUGACCAAACUACUGUAGAGUCAAAAGCAAACGCUUUGUGUUGUCAAAGCAGAUUUGUGUGGUGACAAACUAAUAAGUGUCAUCAGGUUAUGCCUCUGUGUGUGAGAGAGAGUGUGUGGGCGUGCGUUAGUUGUGUUUGUGUUCAUGUAUCCACGGUUCAAUGGUCAUUUCUUUUGUUUCCUAAAAUAUAAAUCUGUCACUUUAUUUAUAUUUUCAUGUUUUGUAUGAACUGCUGUAAUGUAUAAUAUAUUAAAUAUUGACGAAGCUGCAUUGCAUUUAUGAGGCUGCACGAGAAAUGUAAUGGAAACAUGAACAGGUUUCCCAAAGACUGAUUGACUGGAUUGUUGAUUGAUUGAUACAGAUGCAUGUUCGGUAUUUUUAUGAAUAAAAAUCGUGAAACAAUGGGA